UUGGUCACACCGACGGCCACAUCAAAUCUGGGGGUCUAGCGUGUGACCCUGUUAUUUCUAUCCUACAAUAAAAUAGCUGUGUAAUCCUAGAUAAGUUGUGCAUUAUUAAAAAAAUAAAACAAAUAAAUUGCAGUGUAAUUUAUGUGUAAAAUAUGGAACGUGCAACAGGAACAGAAGUUUACGGGUGUGGCUCGCCCCAUUCUACGGACAUAACGCUAAAUAUACAAACGACAACGGGUGGUAGUUUCUCUAUCAGUCUGAACGGUAAAAACACAGUGGAGCAUCUGAAAAAGGUCGUUUCAAAGAAACUUAAAGUGUCAAAGGAUAGAAUAUGUCUUCUGCAUCGCGAAAGACAACUGAGAGAUGGUACUCUACAAGAAAAUGGUGUGCUUGAUGGAUCGCGAAUAAUUUUACUACCGAGUGUCGAGACGGGCCUUCUGAGUCAAAGACCUGAAAACUCGGUGAUGCAAGCUUUGGAGUCCCUAAAUGACGCACAAGUCAAUGAUUUUUUGAGUGGUAAAUCUCCUCUUAAUUUGACUAUGAGAUUGGGUGAUCAUAUGAUGUUAAUCCAGUUACAGUUAUCAACUUUAAACUCAAGUUCAUCAAGUGGCUCUCGGACUUUAAGGACAUCCACUCCAACAAAAAGUUCAUCUAUACGAACAAAGUGUGAUUCUAGGGAUACACCAAGCUCACAUAUUACACAUCAUAAAUCCUCACAUUGUGAAGAAACGGUACUUCACAGUGAUAAGACUAAACAAGAAAAUCAAAUGACUAUUUUACAAAAGCAAGAUCUAGAUAUGUUACAAAAUGCUUUUGACUUAUACCGCACAAUGGCUGAAGAAAAAUAUGCAGAGAAAUCUGCAUUAAGUAAAGAUAAAGAGGAUCAGAUGGAUACUUCAAAUUGUACACUUUCAGAUUUAUCAGACACAUCAUUAGAAAAUGAACAGUCUCCCAUAAAAUCUCUAUCUAAUUUGGUGUCUAGUCCAAUUGAUGCAACUACCUCUGAAAACAAGGAUAUAACUGUAGCAAAUGCUGUAAAGAGUAGUUUAAUAGACUUGUUAUCAAGUAAUAAACUACCUACAGAUUCUGUUCCUUCUACGAGUGCCAUGAGUGAUAAAGUCUGUCCCACAACUUCUCAUACUUCAGAUAGUUCCAUCAGUGAUGACAGCGACAACUUCACUGACCAAAGCUCAUUCCUUGCUGAGAGCACAAUCGAUGAGUACCCAAUGGAAAAUUUGUUUAACAGUGCUGUAGACAAAGGAUUGUUUGAUGAACAGGAUGAAUCUAUGAUGGAUAGAGAGAUCUCUAAUUUGGCAACCACAAGUCAUGGAUCACAGGAAACUUCAGGAACUUUGCCUUCAUUUCAGAGUUUGAAUGAACCAUUAAAAAACAAGCGCUUCCAAUAUUUACUUCAUAAAACCUCAAAAUUCAAACAUCCUAUCGGUCAUAAUAAACAGAAAGCUUUUAUGCAGUCUGUUGUUAAUAAACACAAGAAGAAGAUUACACCAAUGAGUAGUCAGUCAGAUGCAAGUUUUCCUCAGCCAUCAACUUCUAGAAAUGAAUCAUAUGUGACAAAUACAAAAAAACCACUUCAAUCUGGUGGCCAGAUUGAUGAGAUAACACCAUCAACUUCUAAGCAAAUAUCCUUUAGGGCUCCAGAUGCACCUAGAAAACCUCAGAGGGCAUCUCCUACCCCACCUGUAGAUACAAAAGCUCUUAUAGAAGCAUCAAAAAAUUUGACUCAGAAAUUGAAGAAGUUAUCAAAGGAGGUAUUGACCAAUAAGGUUGAUCUCAGAACAGCAGAAGAGUCAGUGCGCUCAAAGAUAGGCCCUGGGGCUGUAAUAGAAUCCAUGAAGCACCAUGGGAAAGGAAUAUAUUCAGGAACAUUUUCGGGCACGCUGAAUCCAGCUCUUCAAGAUAGAUAUGGACGACCGAAGAGGGAUAUCUCGACGAUUAUUCACAUAUUAAAUGACUUAUUAUGUGCUGCACCACCCAUUGCUUUAUCACAGAAAGAAUCUAAACACUCUUGCUCGACUAUAAAUCUUGACGAAGCUAGAAAAUGUCUUGGUUGCAGUCAACCUUCAUGUUCUUACGGUCAGUGUGACGGCCACCUCCCUUCUACUUCAAGCAAAGGCUGUAUAUGUGACCACAAAACCUGUCAGUGCAAUCGAUUGGAUCCCAACGUGUGUAUCUCUUGUGAAGGAAAAUCGAUACCAGGGGAAACAUGCAAGAAAUGCGACAUGGCGAAAACAUUAGCAAUGGAAAAUUCAAAAACUAAAUGCAAGCUUGAACAACUUAGGCUGGUCAUGCAACAAAAGAAGCAAAGACGCGAAGCGCGCAAGUUAAAAACCCUCCCUUACACCACUCCGUCUAAAGCUAUAGCAGCAGCCGAAAAACAGGCUGUAAUGCAGGAAGAAAUAGAGACUGUUGCUUAACACCAAAUAAUAUUAUAAUUGCAACUUGCUGUGGCUAGUGCGCUCUGGAACAGUAAUUGUUAUAUUAAGUUACAGUUUUAUUGUUAUUUUAAUUGCGGUAAAUAAUUUAGUUUUCAAAUAAAUCACCGAACGAGCCUGUUAUAAAUGGGUGACCUCAAUAUUGACAAUGCUUUCAUUGAGAGCUUGCAAAGAAAGUGUUUGUUCUAUUGUUACCUAUGCACUUUUAAAAUUGUCAAAUAUUUUUUGUAGUACACAUUGAUCCCAUCUAUAUAACAAUAAAAAAUAUAUUAUAAUAACUUGAAGAUAUUGCGCAUUAGCAAGGUUGUUUAGCUUUAUUGCGUGUUGCAUUUGAAGGAGGGAAACCCUCGGAUAUAUUCUAAAAUACCAUAUUUAAUAGUUCGAUGAGUAGACAUAAAUUUUAAGCGCUAUUACGCAUGUACAAAUGAUUAAAAGAAAAAUUAGCGAAAUCCUAGUUGAUAGUUAAAUAAUCGCGUAGGGUACUUGAUUGAUGUUGCCUGGUGCGGCUGAAAUAGAUUUUUGUUGUUAUAUUUUAGAUUAUAUUUUAUUAUUUUAUUGGGACAGUCAACUUUUAGACACUCUUGUACCUAGUUAAUUUCUUUUCGAGAUCGCUGUUGAUUGAUGUACCUUUUGGAAUUUACUUUUUGAUAUUAAGAAAGUUACUUUUCACUGUUGAAAUGUGGGGUUUAAACUACACUGUCAUGGAACAUUAAAUUUUUUUUUAACAUUACACAAGUUUGACUCCAUGUUUUAUUAUAAAAUAAUUGGCACUGUUAUCUUUAGUUAUUUCUUUGUUUUUUUUUCAUUACUUUUCAAAAUGUUGUUUUAAUAAAUGUUUUUUUUUUCUCAUUAUAACCAUUUUUUUUUAGUUUCUUUUUGUUUUUACUAACUUGUAAUUUACCUUCCAAAUGAUUAAGAACUAAAACACCAAUCAAUAUUUAUCGCAAUAAAAACAUAUUCUUACAAGCCUAUAAAAUGAUAUAUUAGUGUAUACAAGCUUUGUACAUAGAUUUAUUAAUAGAAAAAAAAAUAGAAAUGCUUACUGUUUUAUUUCUGGUUUGUAAAAAGUACUUGAUAAUUGUUUUCGCUAAUGAUAAAAAUAUAAUUUUCCAAAUAUGUUGUUUACAGCUUCCUUGGUUUUGAAUAUUCUUUGGAUGUCGGAUAUUUUACUGAAAUAAAAGUUUGGGUGGAAUUCGAUCGAAUAAAUUGUAAAAUAUAUUUUAUAAAUUGAAAUGUUAAUCUGAUAUUUCGUCAGUAACGGUAUAUUAAAAUCGAGAUGUGGUUUAUUUACCGCUAUAUUUAUCGGGUAUUUUGUUAAGAGAUCUAUUUUAGUAAAACAGGGAUAUGUAACUAUUCUUUAGGAAUAGUUUGGAGAUUGUUAUAUUUCAAUAUGAUAAAAUAUGAUGUGAGGUUACGUCUUAGUCUUCCGUGACAAAUCUUAUGUUGCAGUUGUACCUUGGCGAGGGACCAAGAGACAAGCUAUAUUGUUGUUCGAUUCCAGGAUUGUUAACAAAGCAAUAAAAAGUUUCCUUACAUUGCCGUUGAGUAACGCAAAGUGCCUAUUGAUGUGUAGUAAAAUAUACUUACCUAUAAGUGUUGUGCCAUAUGGAGAUUUAGGUUCAUAUUUAACAAUUUUUACAUGUGGCACUUACAUUGUUCUUAUUCCUUUGAUUUAGUUCCAACUUUUUUGUAGUCUGGAACGCUAAGAUCUCAUGAAAUAUUUGUAUAUACAUUUUAUUUUUUUAAAUGAAAGAAACCCUUUUAAAGUUGUAAUACUUUCGUUACCAUAUUCCCAUAAUCUUUUUGAGUUAUAAUUAACGUUUUCCAACCUUGACAUACAUAACAGCUAUAAUUUAACAGGGUUAAAGUAAAAAAAUCGUGAAUUGUUUUGUCUUUGUAUUUUGCAUGUCUAGUAAAGAGAAUAAAGUUAAAUACUAAAUU